AUGGAGAGCAAGGCCGUGGAUCUCCACACCUUCUCGGAGUGGGAGAACGGAUCCGUCCUGGAGGAGCCCUUGGAGCGACGGAGCCUCUCCAAGAUGAACCUCUGCGAGGACGCCCUUCUCCACCUCCCAACCUCCUCCUCCAGCCUUGGAUCCCAGGAGGGGCCGGCGGGAGGAACCUUCGGGGCUGGAGAUUCCACCCGCAGGCCCCGAGGAACCGGGAACGUCCUCGGGAGGAGCCGGCACCCAAGGGUUCCUCCUGACCUCCCGCCGCUCUCCUCCUCCGCAGCGUCCCGGCCCCAGGAGAACCGCGAGGACCUCCAGGUUCUGCUGGGGAACGUCCAGCGGCUCAACGAGACCUUCCGGGACCUGCAGCUGCUGCACGCGCCGCCCCAGGGGGACCUCCUGGAGCACAUCUGGAGGCUGCAGGACCUCCUGCAGAACCACUCGGACUCGCUGUCGCUGCUGGGCGGCUCGCUCCGCCGGCUGGAGGAGCUCCUGUGGGACCUCCAGGGCCAGGCCGGCCGGGCGGAGCGGUCGGUGGCCCGGCUGCGCGACUCGCUGGCCCAGCAGGGCGAGGCGGCCCGGCUGGAGCUGUCGCGGCUCUCCGUGGACGCCAACAGCAGCCGGCUGCUCCUGGAGCACCACCAGCACCUCCUGGGCCACCUGGGCGGGCGGCUGGACGCCCUGGGCGAGCAGGUGGCGGCGUUGGCCGUGGCCGCGGAUUCCAUGAACCGCAGCCUCUCCUACGACGUCCUCCUGCAGAAUUCCCGGCUGCGGGACCUGCGGGAGCUCCUGGGCGACGCCAGCGCGGACGGGCGGCGGCUGCGGGCGCGGCAGGCGGCCACGGAGCGGCAGCUGAGGCUGGAGCUGGCCCUGCUCAACAACGUCACCGAGGAGCUGCGCCUGAAGGACUGGGAGCAUUCCGCGGCGCUCCGGAACCUCUCCGUCGUCCGCGGGCCGCCGGGACCCAAAGGAGACCGAGGCACGGAAGGGAUGGAGGGACAGCCCGGCCUUCCCGGCCUGCCCGGGCUCCGAGGGAUUCCCGGGGAGCGGGGACCGCCCGGCCCGCGCGGAUUGAAGGGGGACCCGGGGGAGCUCGGCCCUCGCGGGCCCGCGGGGCCGCGCGGAUCGAAAGGCGAGCGCGGCCCCAAGGGGGACAAGGGGGACGGAGGAGCCGCUGGUGGCGCCGGCGCGGCGGUGCCGCGGGAGGGCGCGGUGCGGCUCAUGAACGGCUCGGGGCCGCACGAGGGGCGCCUGGAGAUCUUCCACCAGCGGCGCUGGGGCUCGGUCUGCGACGACGGCUGGGACGGCCGCGACGGCGACGUGGCGUGCCGCGCGCUCGGCUUCCGCGGCGCCGCCGCCGUCUUCCGCAUGGCGCGCUUCGGACAGGGCUCGGGGCAGAUCUGGAUGGACGACGUCUCCUGCGCCGGCACCGAGGAGUCGCUGCCGCUCUGCCCCUUCUCGGGCUGGGGCCGAACCAACUGCGGCCACGCCGAGGACGCCGGCGUGCGCUGCCGCACCGAGUGA